AUGCAUAUUUCCUAUUUUAGUGAUACAUGGGGCCUCUCAGAAAUAUACAAGGCCGAAAGUCUGCGUCGAUCAUGUUAUGAGGAAUCCAGGCGGACAGUAGUUUCUUCGGCCUCCAACCCACUAAUCCAGUCUAGUCAUAAACACAAACUAAUUCCUCCUGACCGUCUCCUCUCUGAUGAAAAUUACACGUGUCGAAAUGAUGGAAUGCAUUUAAAAGAACAGGACGGUGAUCUAACUAUCAAGAGAGCUAAGUUGUCCUGGCUUGAUCCUACUGUUUAUCCUGCAGGCGAGAGUACAGUCAUCGAAUCAUCUGAUUUAAGUGGCGUACAAGAGCAUCAUAAUCAAGUUCAAAUGGUCCCUGCUUUUGCUGCCCGGCUCGAGAAUGAUGCACUCACCGAUCCUGGACAUAAAAAACAUGGGCUUCGACAAAUAUCAGGUCGAGUGGAUGAGAGAGAGAAGAGCAAGACUGAGGAUGAUGCUCACAACGAUAAAGAGGAUGGACUUAAAUCUGAGGCAAUUGUGCGUCCUACGGUGUUUCUGCGUCAUCUUUGGCCAGGACAAGGAAGCAGCCCAAAGAAUUUACUGUCGAUACAGUGCAAUCUCAAGGGCUGGCCAUUUCCAGUAUAUAAAACAGUAAGUCAGCCAGGCAGUGGAUAUUUAAAAUCUCGAUACUUCUGUCUGGAUAUGCUAUAUCACUUAAGUAGUAUUAUCAUUUAA